AUGCGCACUGACUGCUCUGUGCGCUCUACUGUUUGCAUUGUGUCUGAACUGCCGGCGAGCUUUAAAAAUAUUAUACCCACCGCGGCAAUGUCGGGCAGGUCAGUGCGAGCUGAGACCCGGAGCAGGGCGAAGGAUGACAUCAAGAGGGUUAUGGCAGCUAUCGAGAAAGUACGAAAAUGGGAAAAGAAAUGGGUGACAGUAGGAGACACAUCUCUUCGUAUCUACAAGUGGGUACCAGUGACAGAGCCCAAAUCCGAUGAUAAAAAUAAAAAUAAGAAAAAGGGUAAAGAUGAGAAAUAUGGCUCAGAGUUGACAACUCCAGAGAACAGCUCAUCUCCUGGCAUGAUGGACAUGCAUGAUGACAACAGCAACCAGAGCUCGAUUGCUGACUCAUCCCCAGUGAAACAGGAAAACAGUUGUAGCACCAGCCCUGCCCCAGAGUCCACCAUCAUGUCUCAUCGGGACAGCAGAGAGGUUAAAAAUGGCCAGAGCCCAGAGAGCAAGAGGGUUAAGACCAUCUCAGACGCCUCAGACAGAGCACAAAGUGCUAAAAGGGACAGUUUGUCCUUGGGGGAUAAGGACUCCUCCGACAGCAAAGCCACUCAGGACCUAGAUGACGAGAUCCCACCCAGCAAGAAAACCAAACUGGAUUCCUCAUCCCAAGACUAUGAGGAUAGUUAAAUUUUGGGCUGGUCUUGAUCCUCCUCUGUACCUCCUUCCAUUAACCCAAGGUAAUUUAGGGCUAAUGGACACUACGGCUCUCCUCACUGUACUUUUUUUUUUUUUUUUCCCCCCUUUAACCCAAAUUCAUCUGAGGCAGGACAUUGCACCUUGCAAUUACGAUUUGACACUCCUCAACCACAGAGAGAGAAUGGAUAUUACCUCUUCUUGCUGUUCCCCUCUGUGCCUCCAUCCAGCCCUUCUUCAUACAAUUCACUAAUGCCAAGACAAGCUCAGAAUACGGGCCCAGGCUACCCACAUGAUCUGCACCGGCGAAUAUAAAGACUUUCACACUGAGGAUCCCACACUGCUGACUGCAUCAAUGACAUUAGGACAUGGGUGACACGUACCACUGCCCUGAGACUGUUUUUGAUGCUAAUGGCUUAGCUCAGGAUAUUCACAUGGCUAGCCAGGUCUCAGAUCUGUGUUUGUGGGUAACCCUCGAGAUGUGACUCCAACAAUUCUCUCAAUUUGCCUCCUGUUGGCCAAGUUCAAUGUCUAUUUAUGAGAUGUAAAGGUUUUUUUUUUUUGUCUCCGCAGGAGGGUAAUGCACUGUUACGGAAAGUCGCAAUCGAUCACAGAUAGAUUUUGCUGCUGUAGUGGAUGUCUUUUUUCUCUAUCCAUGGAAUAUUUCCCCAUUCAUAUUUAAUGACUUUGGAGUUUGUAGGGACAGACAGCACUGGUCACAUUAUAUUGGAUAAGUGGUAGAGUCAGGCAUAGAUAGACUAGGUCCUAAAGUUGUGCCUUGAGUUGCUCUGAAGAAAUAUACAUCUUUCGUAAAACAGGUUGAUGCAUUACAUUUUGGUGCCAUGUUUUUGCCUUAUAAUCUGCAUCUUUUAGGUAAUUCUACACAAUGCUCAUGAUACAACUGCACUUGUUCUUUAAUAUUUAAACUUUGAACAGUAAACACUAUUGGUCAUAAAUCACGUUCCCACCCUCUAAAUUCAUGAUUUUUUCAGCAUUUUUACUUUUCUUUUAAGUAAAUACUGACCUGAAACUGUUGCCGUUUAUUAUGACCAGUCCACCUUAGAUCACAUAGAUCACUGAAAGUGUUCUGUGUAGCACGACUUACCUCCAAGUGACCAAAACCUGUCUGUUGUUCACUUGAGCAUCCAGUCUUUUUGGUCAAACUUUAGAAAUCACCCUCCUUAAGGUGCUGUCUACUGACUGAAUCUAUACAUACAUGUUAACAAGAUCUUGUUUUGUGGAGUUGUCAUUGACAUUAAAGAGCUAAUUACUUGAAGUUUGAAUUAGUACAACCUCUUGAUGGGAUAUUGUAAAAUCAGCAUUGACAUGGAUGGAGAGAAAAGAACUAAAAAGAACUGUUUUGGUUUAGAGGAUGGACUAGCAUAUACCUCAUUCUCAGUCCAGCAGUGCUGGCACUUAAAAUGCUAUGUAUUGACAUUAACAGUUAUAGACCGCAUUAUGUACCGCACUCAGUUUAAGAAUCUCACUUUAAGUUGUAGCGUUCACCUGAUUGAGCCAAUAGCUAGUUUGCUCAUAAAUGUGCGUUAAGAGCUGUGAGAUAUGAAAUCUUUUGUUUUCUUGGGACCAUUUUGUCUCAGUUUAGAUCUUGUACAGAUUCAUGGUUUGGUUUGACUUAUUUAUUCCAUCAAUAGUGCUUGUUUUUUAUCAUGUCUGAUUGUAUGUUUUCUUAAUAAAAUUCACAAAAAGAG